UUCCAGCGACUCGUUUAAAAAAUACCAGCGAGAGCAACGAGUCGUUAUUUUGAGCUGGCUACAACUGUACAAUUAUUAAUCACCAGCUUGUCAUUAUGAAGCCUCCAUCCCGUCGCCGGAUCAUACCAGAUCGUUUUUCAGAAUUAAAGAGGACUGAACCAAUAAGCAGGUUCCGUCCUGCGUGCCAUCGACUGGAACAACGAAGCCUUCUGCUUGCCCUGAAACAACAGAAGAGGUUGAAUUCAGAACUCGAUUUUGUGGAACUUCGAAAGAAAGUUCCCAAAUGGUCUUUGCUCCAGAUACAGAAUGUGAUAAGGUUUUUGAAGAGGUGUGUGGUGCAGCGGGUGUAUCUAAAGGUCCAAAAACAGAGACUAGAGGAACAAAAAACCAAAGUACCAACAGAACUAUGGGCAGAACUUGCACAGAAAAUGGCUGGUAUUCAUGAGGAAACAAUAUCUUCUGCCUUCUCUCAAAUGUUGGUAAUCGCUGCCACAGAGCCCUGCAGCCUCCACCACUCAGGUCCUCCACGUACCACUGAGUCUCAAAGUCCUCUGGCCAGUGGCUUGCACGCUAUACCCCUGAGGCCGAUGUCCAAAUCCCACCAUGACUCGCCUCCUCUAGUGAUAAUUAUGCCUGCACAAGCCUGUAAAACACCUCAGUCAUAUGGGAAUGAUGCACCUUCCAACCCCUCUACCCAAACCACUACAGUAACAUCUCCCUCUGCCAUUGCUGAAGAGGAGUACAGUGGGUUACAGCAAAAAACUGAGGCAGACAAAGACCCUGCCAUAGCAUCCAUAUCAGCCACCCCUAAAUCAUUUCUGAGUCAACCUGUCUUAAAACCAACACCACCAGUGUCUGAUUCAAGUGCUGUGUCUACUGCUGCACCUUCACUUACAUCAGGCACUAAUCAGCCAGAUAAGCAACCUGAACAUGGACAGUCUGAGCAAUCCACAUAUAGACCAGUGGGGAUGAAGAGUGUAGUAGACUUGGAAAAGAUAUACCAAUUUAUGAGCAACAUCAUUCUCAAAAAACACCCUCAGACUCUUAGUUCUGUGGAAAGUGCAGUGCUUUUGGACCUGUUGAUGUCUUUGCCUGAAGAGCUCCACUUAUUGGACUGUAAGGAACUGCAGCAUCAUCUGCUUCAAGUUCAUGCCUGUCUGAACACACCUGCAGUAAGGCUCAGCACAAACCGGAGACCUCCAGUUACUAAUUCAGUUUCAACGAGAAUGACAGAUCAGCAAACCACCAGAGCUGAUCAGCAUGCUAAAGGACCUGAUGUUUCUUUACGAAUCCAAAGUGUACAGUCUACAGGGGAAGAAAGUAUUCCAAAGGGAGCAGUAACUGAGCAAGUGAAGCCUACGGAAUCACCAUUAAUUGCUGGAGAUUUUGCAGGCCAAUCACCUGCAAUAAAGCUGUCGAAAGACAAAGGUGAUUGGGCCACUGCUGGCCUGUGUCCACUAAAUCCAUUCAUGGUUCCAGUAGCCCUCUUGAAACGGCAGUAACCUAAGGAGAGUGCAAAAGCAGCUCUGGUUUAUUUUCCGGACAGUUGAUGCUGAAGUUGUUGUUGUUGUUGUUGUUUUAAAAUAAUUAUAUUUUAUUUAGGAAGCAGCAUACAACCUGCCUUGUUUCAAAGUACAUUGGAUGUAAUGACAAUGAAAUAACCUUGCAUAAUUUAAGUAAGCUUGUUGGAACAAAAUAUUCCUUUAUAUGUUGCACAUUUUAUAUUUUGAAUGCAGUAGUGAAGUGAGUACACAAGAAGACUUUUUUUUUAUUAUAAAUAUGUAGUGGAUGCACUAUUUGAAUUUUUCCUUUUUGUCACGAAAGAGCACUUGUGCACACAGUUGUUUUAAUAAAUGGCUAUUUUUGUUUUUAUUAA